AUGGGGCUGCGGGACAUCGAGAUGAUGCUGCCGCCGGGGUUCCGCUUCUACCCGAGCGACGAGGAGCUGGUGUGCCACUACCUGCACGGCAAGGUGGCCAACCAGUGCUUCACCGGAGGAGCCACCGGGACCAUGGUCGAGGUCGAUCUGCACGUCCACGAGCCAUGGGAGCUGCCAGACGUGGCGAAGCUGAGCACGAACGAGUGGUACUUCUUCAGCUUCCGCGACCGCAAGUACGCGACGGGGCUGCGCACAAACCGCGCCACCAGGUCCGGCUACUGGAAGGCCACCGGCAAGGACCGCGUCAUCCGUAGCCCGAGGUCAUCGUCAUCCCGCUCCGGCCGCGCCGCCAUCGUCGGCAUGCGCAAGACCCUCGUCUUCUACCGCGGCCGCGCCCCCAACGGCAGCAAGACCUGCUGGGUCAUGCACGAGUUCCGCAUCGAGAACCCUCACUCCCCACCCAAGGAGGACUGGGUGCUGUGCAGAGUUUUCCACAAGAAGAAGGCCGACACGGAGUACGCCAUGGACGGCGAGCAAGUGAUCAUCGGCGGCAUGACUCGCAACGCUACUGCCGUGAGCGGAUCCAACUACGUCAGCUCCUCGUCCUGCCACGAUCCGGAUCAGUACCACCACUCGCCUCCGGCGGCGCUGUUCCCCUCCCUCGGCGCAGGCGGCCACCCUUACCAGCUCACUUCCUGUGAUCAUCACCCCCACGGCUCGAUCGGCGUCUCGCUCACCGACGUGGACCCCUUCGCGGGCAUGCCACCGCUGUUGAGCUACGACAGCAUCGUCGACUUCAGUCAGCAACUUCAGGGCGGCGGUGCAGCGGCAGGUUUGAGAGACGGCGCUGGGGAUCAGUGUGGCGGCGAGCUGAUGGACCUAGGGCUCCAGGUGCAGGAGGAGCACUACAACUACAACAGCCUGAUGUAG